AUGAAGUCAUUCUCUGUCAAGCCAAAGUCAUUGGACGUGCAAAUGGUUUCCCACAAUGAUACGCCCAUAGUCUGCCAGCGUGCAAACCUGGUUUUCACAAUCAUCGCCAACCUGUGCAUCUUUUGCUGUUUGGCGCUGAUCGACGAUCUGGAUAAAUGGAAUACGAUCUUGAUUACAUUGCUCGGCGUUGGCUUGUACCCGUUCCAAAUCAGGCAGAUGCUUUUGGGCUGCCGGCAACUGGACGAAGGCAGUGCCUGGAUUUAUCGAUCAGUUAUCGUCAGCCAAUUUGCCGCGGAGGCUGUUUUUCUUCUAUGCUCCGUUGAGAAGUUGUCGAUGCAGGGACAAGAAUUAAUAUUUUGCUUCGAGCAGCGGUCGUUGAUCAUGUGCACAAAUUUUAUUGGCGCCGCCGGUAUGGUUAACGCUGUCGGGCUGGCUACGAUUUAUUUUUCAAAGCAGAAACCGGUAGAUGAAGACCGAGUACCCAUCAUCAGGCAAUUAGGCACCAACUAUGCCGAAGCCGACAAACUACAGCCGCUCUUAAUCGGCCUGGCAAUAUAUCCAUUCCAAAUCCGCCAGAUGCUUGUUGAUUGUCAGGAGCUGGGUGUGAAAACUGCCUGGGUAUACCCAGGCUUUAUUGUGCUCCAGAUCAUCGCUGAAACUAUAGUGUUUAUCCUAUCCUUUGAAGAACUUGGGACAAGGGAUGAACAUAUCGUCUUCUCUUUCCAAAAGCAAGGUCUCGUUCUGAUCGUGAAUCUCAUUGGCAGGGCUGGAAUGGUGAACGCCGUCGGACUGAUCACAAUCCAUUUCUCCAGAGAAGGCGAUGAUUAUCAAAGAUUUGGAAGGUCGAGCAGCAUUUCUACAAUUUGCGGCGCGGAAGCUGACAAAUCAACGCACUUGCUGAACAGGGAUUGCUGCAAAAUUGACAUC